AUGCAUUCAUCACACAACAACCACAACUCGCUUUGGGGGACUACUAUCGCCGCUUCUACCUCAACAGCCACGCUCCCGCUUUCCAUCCCACCAGCUCCGCAGCUCCUUCCAGGCUUUUCUCAAAAUCCUUUAGAUCUCCUCGCCACCGCUGGCGGCAGUCUCGGGCCUGUCCCGAGCACAUGCGCCUCCUCUUCCGCGGCCACAACCACCCCGAGUGCUCUCUCUGCGUUGACAACUACCACUACUGACAAACACUCCGACGCCAUUUCGGACGACCCUUCUGCGCGCUCCUCCCUCUUUCGAGACACCUGCAUGUCCGACUCCCAGCAUCAUUCAAUCCUCCCGCCGGUUGAAGAGGUCGACGCCACUCUCUGUAUGCCGUCCUCCUCGCAGCCCCUAGACAUGUCCUUUUCGUUUGGCUUUUCUCAGCCGAAAGAAGAGGACGAGGAGCAGGCUACGGACGUCUUCGUCAACUCCGCUCUUGUCGCUGCGAAAGAAUACGCGAAGGCCCCAAUCAAUUUGAAAGAUGUUCUAGACAGGGAGAACGAACUACGACGCAUGACUGGCAUCAAACAGAUUGUUUUCGAUAACCUCCGAACAAAGUACAUGAAUAUGACUCCCUCGAUGAAGGACGCUUUGCGCCACUUUGUCAUCUUCCCACGCACUUUCAAUCUUCGCGCCGCCGUCGCUGUCGCUGGUUUGGAGGAGACACAGCUUGUUUCCAUGCAAGGCAUGUUGGAAAACAUGAUUCAAACUAAUUUCAUCACUACAGACAAGGGUCGCUACGAACUCAACGAAGCCGCAAGGCUUUUCCUCUACGAGGACCCCACUGUCAUGGAAGACACCAUGACGAGUGGUACGACAGAUACCUCGCAAGCUCGUUUCAUCGACCAUUAUCGCACUCAACUGUCACGCUUGCAGGAUGACAACAUUCACAAAGUCGGCUGGCUCCGGGAGGAAGCCAUGGCCUUGUACGAUGCUGAGCGCCAGAAUAUGGAAUUCUCAGAAUACCUUCUCACAGGUCGCCAAGCAGAGCUUCGCGAGUUCUUAUCAGCAGGAAUUACUGUUAUGCGCUACUGCGUCAGUGCAGGCAAUAGAGAACGCGUCUUGCGCAAGGCGCUACUGGAGGACGAAACCUCGACGGAAAACAUCUUUUUGUCGUUCGGUGACGAUGGUGCCGGUCUUGACGCCGCCUCCUCUUCUAAUGCUAGCGGAAAUGAUGAAUGUGACAAGUCUCAUAAGGCUCGCCUGCACCUUGCCCUCAGCGAAGCCUACUUCGAUCAGCUCAAGACGGAUGAUGCGGAAAAGCCACUCUUAGAAGCCCGUAAACUCAUGUGCGACUCCUCCCCCCACUGCCGCACAACAGCAUCCGCCGGUGUUGUUGAUAGAGUGCUUGUCUUGUUGCUCUUAUCAAAUUUGAGACUCUCGUCCCGUCGCUUCAAGCAAGCAAGUGCCUACUGUGUCCAGGCAUUGAGAAUUCUGUCUGAGGCCGGGCUUGGCCGGUCCACAUUUGCCAUUAAUGCCAUGUCUAACCUGGUGACCACCUAUCUAGAAGGUGACAGCUUGGAUAAGGCCAAAUCAGUGGCCAACAGACUGCUCGAUACACUGAACGUUAUGAGGUACACAGGAAUGCCCAUUUAUGCAGAUGCGUUGGGAGUUUGCGCCAUGGUCUCUAUGGCUGAGGAGAACUAUGCGGAAGCUGAGCGCCAAUAUGGGACGGCCCUGGAAACGGUCGGAAAAUGGGGCUCGAAGGAAUGGACAGGAAUCCCCGUUCAGCAUUGUCUCGAUCUUGACGUUUGGUUGAUGGAGGGUCUCGCUGAGGCCAUCCGGCGGCAAGGUAGAACUGAAGAGGCGCUGGCUCUCGAAAGACGGGCAGCGGAAGACCGGAGGAGUCGAGGGCUACCGCCGAAUAGCACAGGAACUGAAUUCUUUGACCCUGCCAGCGGCUUUCAAGAUAUCUCACCAAGUGCCCUUGUGAUGCCAAAGCUACGGCAUCUCUACUAACGAACUACUGCCAGUUGUUUUGCCGACGUAUGCCUUUUGAUACCAAAACCACCGACGAAUUCUGCUUCGUCGGGCAAAUAAGAAGUCCACGGCGUACCAUUUCAGUCCCCCAUCUCUGCAAUUGUAUCCGGUGGUCUCAGCAGGCAGCGAUAUGACAGCCAGCCUGACAUUCUGUAGACAUCGGAUAUGGAAAGAAACAGCAGUGUACAGUACCAUUCAAGGUGGGUCUAGAAUCGUAGACGUAGAAGCUUUCGUCAUUGCUUCAUGGUACAGUUUUUGUUGCACAGUGGAUGCUUCUUGUAAAUAGUAUCGAAGGGGAAACUCUUGACGGUACUAACUCUAAAUUUCCGCGGAGUAUGAUCCAUUUCCACGUUAGA